CAUAUGCUGUCUGUCUUACUGUCUAAUUCACUUGCGUGAAUCCGUGUCACUCGAUCUCUUUCUUCUUCUUCUUCCUCCAUCGUUAUCCAAAACCCCUACAAUCAUAUCUCCUAUAUAACACACAUCUGAUCCGAUUUGUUAUAUAUACUCUGACUUUUUGAUCUCAAAAAUAAAAAUAAAAAUACAAUAAUAAUUACUGAAGUCCAUCAUCAAAUAAUGGCAGAAGACCAAAACCACCCCCAAAUAUUUGAGGUAAACAAUGGUAGUAUGAAACUACUUGUCUCCAAUUAUGGCUGCACCAUCACUUCCUUGUUUGUCCCUGAUCAAAAUGGAAAUUUGAGUGAUGUUGUUCUUGGAUUUGACACUCUGGAUCCUUAUCUGAAUCGUGUGGCGCCCUACUUUGGUUGCAUUGUUGGAAGAGUUGCAAACAGGAUUAAAGAAGGGAAGUUCACACUCAAUGGGACGGACUAUACUCUGCCAAUUAACAACGGUCCAAAUAGUCUCCAUGGUGGGCUUAAAGGAUUCGACAAGGUGGUAUGGGAAGUCGUUGAACAUAAACAGGGUGACACUCCAUCAAUAACCUUCAAAUAUCGUGCUCUUGAUGGGGAAGAAGGUUACCCUGGUGAUCUUUCUGUUACUGCAACCUACACACUUACUUCGAAAACCACAUUAAGGCUUGACAUGGAAGCAGUUCCCGAGAAUAAACCAACACCCGUGAGUUUAGCUCAGCAUACCUACUGGAAUCUAGCAGGCCACAACUCUGGUACCAUUCUCGACCAUUCAGCUCAGAUAUUUGCAAAACACUUCACACCCGUUGAUGAAACUCAAAUCCCGACUGGCGAGAUCAAACCCGUAGAAGGAACUCCAUUUGACUUCACCUCCGAGAAGAAAAUCGGUACCUCAAUUCACGAGGUUGGUAUAGGAUAUGAUCACAAUUUCGUGCUUGAUUGUGGUGAAGAAAAAUCAGGCUUAAAACAUGCUGUGAAGCUUAAAGACCCGUCUAGUUCAAGGGUUCUUAACCUAUGGACCAAUGCCCCUGGAAUCCAAUUUUACACAGCUAAUUAUGUGAAUGGGAUUGUUGGCAAAGGAGGGUCUGUUUAUGGAAAGCACGGAGCAGUGUGUUUGGAGACACAGGGCUUUCCAAAUGCUAUCAACCAAGCAAAUUUUCCAUCGAUUGUAGUACAACCUGGUGACAAGUAUCAGCACACUAUGGUCUAUGAGUUCUCUGUCGAGUAAGGUGUUGUUUCAAAUUUAUGUCAUAUAACUAGAUUCUAAUAAGUUGAUGAAUUUUGUGUGCUUGCUUUAGAAUAACGUGUCCAUGAAAAUGCCUGUAGCUACAGUGUCUUCCAAUAAUAAGCGUCUUGAGUUA